GAGCAUGCACAGGUCCUCGGAUCCAAUUCAAGCGAUCUUUACAACCAAUCUAGAGCAAAGCGAAGCGAAGAAAAAGAUAAGGUAGCAAAGCAAAGAAAAAGAUAAGGUAAAUGUCGGUUACCUCCCGACUAAACAUGGCGACCCUUUGAGGUCAGUUUCAGACAUGGAAUUGGAAGUUGCAACAAUAAAAAUCACAAUCAAUUGCUAUUAAAAGAUUAUGGGGAACGCACACGCUCACCGGAAGAAUCGUAACGGCCGGAACGGCCCUUACCCCUCCGAAACGUCUGCUCCGCCUUUUAAAUAUGGACCGUCUGGUGACUCCGUACAACGCCCAAGCUCCACCCAGAUGGUGCCCUCCUUACCUUACUCUCACGUUGACUCCAGCUUGCGAGCCCUCGCCGCCCAAGCUGAGGGCUUUGGUCGCUUUGCUGUCGGUGGCCUCCACGGUCCCCUCUACCAUGUCACCACCUUAGCAGAUGAUGGGCCAGGAUCACUAAGGGAAGGAUGUCGCAAAAAAGAACCGCUCUGGAUUGUCUUUGAAGUGUCGGGUAUCAUUCAUCUCCAUUCUUACUUGAGUGUCUCGUCUUAUAAAACCAUUGAUGGCCGGGGACAGAGAAUAAAACUCACAGGGAAAGGUUUGAGGCUAAAAGAAUGCGAACAUGUAAUUAUAUGCAAUCUGGAGUUUGAAGGUGGUAGAGGGCCUGAUGUGGAUGGCAUUCAAAUAAAACCCAAAUCAAAGCACAUAUGGAUAGACCGCUGCAGCCUCCGUGAUUAUGACGAUGGGCUUAUAGAUAUCACCCGAGAGAGCACAGAUAUUACCAUCUCUAGGUGUCACUUCUCUCAGCAUGACAAGACGAUACUUAUUGGAGCAGACCCAUCUCACACUAGCGACAGGUGCAUCAGGGUGACCAUUCACCAUUGUUUUUUUGAUGGCACACGACAAAGGCAUCCUCGUGUUAGAUUUGGGAAAGUUCAUCUUUACAACAAUUACACCAGGAACUGGGGCAUUUAUGCCGUUUGUGCCAGUGUAGAAGCUCAGAUAUACUCCCAGUGCAAUAUAUAUGAAGCUGGACAGAAGAAGGUAGCAUUCAAGUACCUCAGAGAAAAGGCAGCUGACAAGGAGGCGGAAGGGAAUGGCUACAUAAGAUCUGAAGGAGACUUGUUUGCAUCUGGAACUCAAGCAGGAUUAAUGACCGAGAGUGAACAUAGCAUGUUUCAUCCUAGUGAGCACUACUCUACAUGGACGGUGGAAGCUCCAACAGAUGCUCUCCGGCAUGUGCUUCAGUGUUGUACAGGAUGGCAAACUUUAGUAAGGCCAAAUGACCAUACACCAACUGCGUAAUACCUUUAUGCUAAUUAUAUUUCCGUACCUUUACUUUUGUAAGUUGAUCUCUAAAUAUUAUUGGGUUUCUAUUCAUGAAAUCCAUCGGGUCCUGAACUUGCUAGACGCGCUGUCAGCCUGUCACAUAAUAGAAGUUGGUUUCCUACACCCAAUUUUGUCCUUGGAAUUGUUGCUUUCAUUGACAUAAUAUUGAGUGAUGUUAGGAAUGGUCCAACUGGUUUUAAAAAAUGACCGAGAUUGAUUCCACUGUAAAGCCGGCUUUUGUGACGGGGUAUCUAAUGUGUGCAUAUAUGAAUAUGUUACAACAGGUAUCUUUAUGAAAUCUUGAUUCAGUUUGUUGAAGAAGGUGCUUGUGAAUAGAUAAAUGGAUGCAUAUCUAAUUUGAAAACA